AUGGAAACUUCUAUCUUCAGCGAACUCCGCGCAGAGAACAUUGCCGCUGCCAGCACAUACAAUUCUUCUGAACGAAAAUCAUCUAUCGGUCACCAGAACGAUGAUGAAGUUCAUUCGACUUCUAUCGACAGCCUCCCCAACGAGCUGCUUUGCUACAUCUUUAUAGAGACGUUGGAGACCACUUCUACCCCUUUCGGCCACCGCCUAGACACCGACAAGGUUGUUGUCCUUUCUCAUGUCUGCAGUCGAUGGCGCCGAGUUCUCCUUUAUAAUCCGUCGUUCUGGAAGUCUAUCACGGUCAUUUCUCAACCAAUCAAUUUUGACACUGCCACUGAUGGUUUUUGUCGCCUCACUCUCUCUGAACUGGCGAGCCGGUCGCAAGGCGCCCCCCUCGACGUCGUCGUGGCGAUGGAGGAAGAGUCACGGCCGGUGCAACGCGCCCACGCAGACCAGAGUGCUCUCUUUUCGACAUUCGAGCGCGAGGUACACCGCAUGCGUAAACUCUAUAUUGAUAUCGGGGUAGGCCGUCCUUCUAUAUUCGGCAGACUCUUGUGCGAGUUUUUCCAAUCCGAUUUAUCCACUUGCUCGUGGUCCGCUCCGCUGCUCGAAGACCUCACGCUCGAAACAAACAACGCAGACGGAGAUAGUCGGAUUUUAUUUCAUCGUGUCUUAUUGAAGCUCAAAGCCCUAUCAUUGCGAUCGCUCGACGUCUACGGAGUAACGUUCAGCAAGAUUCGGGGCCAUAUCGACUACGAAGCUCUCACACGUUUGAUUCUGCGAGGUUGCAUUGUCCGCAGUACUUUGCACAACUUCAUUGCACCACUGGGUUGGUUUCCACAGUUGGAAUGUCUCGCAAUCCAGGAUCUUGAUUGUCAUCUAUGUCCCUCCCGGUCCAUAAUCACGACACGCAUUACUCCCCAACAUCUCAUAUCUCUCCCGCGUCUCAAAACCAUGGAGAUUGACUGUGAGCCACGAGAACUCUCCUUUUUCUCAAGCUUUAUGCACCAUAUCACGAUACCUCGUUCGGCAACUGUCAUAAUCCUCCUCGAGUUCUAUUCCCUUCGGGCGUCUGCUUUGAUGAAGCUGGAGGAGAUUGCGGGUCGCAUCGGUGUUUCGCUCGGUGACGUUCCCACUCGUGUAUCCCACCAAAGGACAAUCUACGUGAUAUCUGCGGAUCAGACUCACAGUAUGAGGAAGACGGGCGACAUAUCAGACCUUCCAGCCGGUCUUCUACUACUGUGA